GUCUGCUUCAGGGGGUUAUGUGGAAUACCACCAUGGGAUCUACCGCUACAGAAAUUGAAGAACUGGAAAGCACCACUUUUAAGUAUUUGAUAGGAGAACAGACUGAGAAAAUGUGGCAGCGCCUGAAAGGGAUACUACGAUGCCUCGUGAAGCAGCUGGAAAAAGGUGAUGUGAAUGUUGUAGACUUGAAGAAGAAUAUUGAAUAUGCGGCAUCUGUGUUGGAAGCAGUUUAUAUCGAUGAAACAAGAAGACUGCUGGAUACUGACGAUGAGCUCAAUGACAUUCAGUCAGAUUCAGUGCCAGCGGAGGUCCGGGACUGGUUGGCUUCUACCUUCACGAGGAAAAUGGGGAUGAUGAAAAAGAAAUCUGAGGAUAAGCCAAAGUUUCGGAGCAUUGUGCAUGCAGUCCAAGCUGGAAUUUUUGUGGAAAGGAUGUACAGAAAGUCGUAUCAUAUGGUUGGCUUGGCAUAUCCAGAAGCUGUCAUAGUAACAUUGAAGGAGGUUGACAAAUGGUCCUUUAAUGUAUUUGCCUUAAAUGAAGCAAGUGGUGAACAUAGUCUGAAGUUUAUGAUUUAUGAGCUGUUUACCAGAUACGAUCUUAUCAACCGUUUCAAGAUACCUGUUCCUUGUUUAAUUGCCUUUGCAGAAGCUUUAGAAGUUGGCUACAGUAAGCACAAAAAUCCAUACCACAAUUUGAUUCAUGCAGCUGAUGUCACUCAAACUGUACAUUACAUAAUGCUUCAUACAGGUAUCAUGCACUGGCUCACUGAACUGGAAAUUUUAGCAAUGGUUUUUGCUGCUGCUAUUCAUGAUUAUGAGCAUACAGGAACCACAAAUAAUUUUCACAUUCAGACACGGUCAGAUGUCGCCAUUUUGUACAAUGAUCGCUCAGUCCUUGAGAAUCACCAUGUGAGUGCAGCUUAUCGACUUCUGCAGGAAGAAGAAAUGAAUGUCUUGGCAAAUUUAUCCAAAGAUGACUGGAGGGAUCUGCGGAGCCUGGUGAUUGAAAUGGUUUUGUCUACAGACAUGUCAGGUCAUUUCCAGCAGAUUAAAAAUAUAAGGAACAGUUUGCAGCAGCCAGAAGGGAUUGACAGAGCCAAAACCAUGUCCCUGAUUCUCCAUGCAGCAGAUAUUAGCCACCCUGCCAAGACAUGGAAUCUGCACCACCGGUGGACCAUGGCCCUGAUGGAGGAGUUCUUCCUACAGGGAGAUAAAGAAGCUGAACUGGGGCUCCCUUUCUCCCCACUGUGUGAUCGAAAGUCAACAAUGGUGGCCCAGUCACAGAUAGGUUUCAUUGAUUUCAUAGUAGAGCCAACAUUUUCUCUUCUAACAGACUCAACAGAGAAAAUUAUUGCUCCUCUUAUCGAGGAGACUAAUAAGACCGAAGCUCCUUCCCAUGGAUCCAGCCGACGAACCAAUAUGAAGAUCAGCAUGAAUGAAGCAACAUACCCCCCAGACUACUCCUUGGCAAGUGUGGACCUGAAAAGCUUCAAAAAUAACCUGGUGGACAUCAUUCAGCAGAACAAAGAGAGGUGGAAAGAGUUAGCUGCACAAGGUGAGCUUGAUCUUCAUAAGCACUCAGAUGUAGUAAAUGCUGAAGAAAAACAUACUGAUACACACUCAUAGGUUUGAAAAACCUUAGAGGCAUCUGUCGUUUGAACGAAAGAGGGUAGGAGAAGCACUAAGACUUCCCAUAGCCUCCACUUCCACAAUGCUAUAUCCUUCUCUGUCAAGAUGAACUUGGAUCAGGCCAUUUCCAUGAACUCCUAAGUAAAAGGAAUUAAUAAGAACAGAAAUCCUAAAUUAGUAAAUCUGGCCAAGUAAAUACACCAAAAGUUGCUACUGCCACCAGAUCGUCUGACCAUUGUGUAAGCUACUUUUUUCCCUCGACAAUUUGGCCUGCUUCAAUCAAGUCAGAAAUUUUCAAAACAAACAUUGCAUAGCUUUAAAUUUUACUCUGAAUAGGCUAUAACACAGAAGAUUAUAUAAUCCAUUGUAUUAAAGGAAGCAUUCUUUUAAAAUGGAUUUUCUCUCAUUGUUUUACAAAAUGCUUUUAAUUACAGAUAUUUCAAGAUGUUAGGUAAAAGGAAAGCAAAACAAAGGUAUGGGAAAAGAAAUUCUGUGGCUUCGAGGAACAAGCUAGCUAGGACUGUCAUCCUUAUUUUAAACAUAUGUGAACAAAGUCAGGGGGUGUUCUGAAGCUAUGACUGAAAUCUCGUAACGACUAUGGAGCAUCAAAGCCCUGUCUUCAGGAUCUGACGACACAGUGUGGGGAAUCAUGUUAAAGCCUGUUGCUGAAACCUGUACAUCAGCCUGCCUCCAUCCUUGUGAUUUCAAAGCACUGAUGCAUUCAUUACCUUACAUGGGCAUCAUCGUAAGGCAAAUCACACCUCACCUGUAGUCCAAGAUAAUGACAGCCUUCAGCCAAGAAUGGAAUUUGCCUUCUAAUGUACUAAACGCAUCAGGAUAUAAGGAAAGAUAUUAUGGGCUAACAGAUAGGCAGUGUGUGAGUGUGUGUGUGUGCGCGUGUGCGUGUGUGUGUGUGUGUGUGUGUGUGUGUGUGUGUGUGUGUGUGUGUAAUUGCCUAUGAAAAUGAAAGACCACAUAUUCUGUACAGACAACAUUAUUCAGUGUGACUUUAUAGUUUUACUACACAGUAAUGAACUGCAAUCCUUGGACAUUCUAUUUCCUUGUCAUGUUUUGCCUGAGCAUGUGCAAGCCUUUCUUUUGCUCCAGACGGAGAACUCCCUUUCUCUGCCCUUCACUGACAGGAAAGGUCGAACACAAUUAGGUGUCGUAGCUUCUCACUGUAUAAAUAUUUCAAUGAUUGUGACAGUAAGUGAAUGUGUCUUUUAGAGAGGUAGAAAUUGGAUGACAAAUACCAAGAGUAGACAUCAGUUACAAAGGAGUGAAGGAGGGUCUUUCCAUCCUAGUGAGUUUUCUGUUGCCUCUGCUUCUCUGCUGGGUUCCACAGCUAAGCAAUAUUUGAGAAAUGGGUACAUUCGAAGCUUUUAAAUCUAAGUAGUGGGAUUUUGUAACUCACAACUUAGAUCUCUUUUAACAUGUAAGCCAUAUUCAAUAUGCAUAUUAGGUAUGCAUCAUUCUAAUUUAAGAUAUUUGUGCACAAAAUGUAUAAAAUGCUUAAUUUAAAUGUCCUGUAGAUAAGAUCCUUAGAUUUAGCUGCAACUAAUAUUGUGUAGAAAACAAUUUAACCAAUUGACUUGUGCCAUAGACAUGAUAAUUCAAUUAAUAUUUUAAAUGUAAGAAGUAAAGAUUGAUCUAUAAUGAUGUGUUGGGGGAAUUUAUAGAUGUGUAUAUCAUGGUGAUUUUUGUCCUUUAAAAGUGACCUUUUAAUUAUUAUUUAUGGAGAAAUUAUAACUACUGUCUUCAAAGUCUUUUUUUCUUUUUUGAGUAGCUAUUUACCAGCGAGAAAAUAGUCUGCAUUUGAAAUAGAAUUUGACUUUCUGGGAAGCCUAAUUACUGUUGGUCUUAUUUGAGCCAGUUGUCUUUUAUUGAAACUAUAAGAUCUCGUGCGUAAGAUAAAUAAAACACUGCUUCUCAAUUAUUGUAAGAAACAUGUUCACUUUGUUCCUGUUAAUAUUUUAAGACCCAUAGACUUUGGUAAGAAUAAAUAGCAGCAUAUAGCCAACUCAUCACUUUCUUCAUUAGAUUUUAGCCCAGCUUUCCAGACUAUUUGACCUGCAGAAAUGCAUGUCUGUUCAUCUUCAUCCUCCUCAGACCUCUCUUCUCCUUACUUCCCUCCUCUUUUCUUAUUUGUGUUCUUCCUCUCUUUUCCCCUUCCUUUCUUCUCUCUCUGAGACAGUUUAUAAUUACUUUUAAUUAGCAGGAAGUUGAAACUAAGGCUACCAGCAUCCAUCCCAUCUGUAAACAUCAAUGCCGAGUCCAUUCUAAAGGGUGGAUCUAAUGUAUUAGGCUGCCAAACAUUGAAUGUCCUACUUUGCAUUUUUUGUUCCCAGUUAUCCAAUAAGUUUAUCUUACAGUAUCAUAGUCCUUUUCAUUUAACAAGUACCUCACUUAUUUAAUUUUUAAUAUGACUACACACGAUUCCUGUGUUUUUAUCCUGCUGUAAUUCUCUGUAUUACCUAUUACAUAUUAUUGUUAAAUAAAUCAAACUUGGGGGAAAAUAUUGUGAAACA